AUGCCUCACGCUAAAUUAUCUGCUGAAAAUCAUAAUUUAGACUUAUAUUAUGAACUUCAUGGAAGUGGAAAAACUAAAAUUAUAUUUAUUAUGGGUUUGAUGACUGAUGGAGGCGCUUGGUAUAGUCAAACUAGUUUUUUUCGUGAUCAACCAGAAUAUCAGUGUGUCAGUUAUGAUAAUCGUGGUUGUGGACGUUCAUCAGCACCAUUAACUUUUAAAUAUACAACAACACAAAUGGCUAAAGAUGCUCUUGCACUUAUUGAUCAUUUAAAAUGGACACAAUGUCAUGUUGUUGGUGUAUCAAUGGGUGGUAUGAUCGCACUUGAAUUUGCAUUAUUAGCACCAGAAAGAAUUCUUUCAUUGACUUUAUUGGCUACACAUGCAGGUGGUAUUGCUGGUCGUGCACCAUUUAUUGGUAUUCGUCAUAUUCUUCGAUCACUUGUAAUACGUGAAGAUCAUUUACAAGUACAAAAUUCUCUUGAAAUGCUUUAUGGUCCAAAAAUACUUGGUGAUCCAGAAAAACUAAAAUUGUUUCGUAAUUUUCAUACAGAAAGACAUAAAAAUCGUAUUAAACCACCACUGAUAGGUGUAAUAGGACAUCUAUUUGCUGUUCUACGUCAUUAUGUUAGUUAUGCUGAAUUACUUAAAAUUCGUUAUUCACCAUUUGAUUGUUUAAUUAUGGUUGGUACAGAAGAUCGACUUGUACGAGAAAAAAAUUCAUAUAUUAUUCGACAGACACUCGGUUGCCGGCUUAUGAAACUUGAUCGUGCUGGACAUGGUUUACCAGGUGAAUGUGCAAAAGAAGUUAACGAAGAAUUAUUGAAUUGGUAUGAAUCAAUUCGAACAAAUAAUCCAUCAAAAUCUAAACGUGAAAUACCAGAAGAAUAUAAAACUGAAAUAAAAGCACUUGAACAGUGUUGUCAACAUCGUACACAUUGUCUUAUAUACGAUAUAACUGGAUUUAUAAAGGGUUUUUUUCUCGGUCUGGUACUGUACAUUUUGUUGACUGUUAUUGGUUUGACUAAAGGUCAACUAGGUGGAAUACAUUUAACAUUCGAAAGUGUUCUAUUACUUGGAUGUUUAAAUGCAUUUCGUCGCUCAAUUAGUUGCAUAUAUAAUGCAUUUAAUGCACGACGAUAUAUUCGAGAACAUCGAUUAUUACUAGAUCAAGCAGCGCAUCAUGGAGGUAUUGGUGUUGCUUUACCCGAAGAACCAAAAAAUGGUGUACCAUAUGGUUGUGGUUUUGAAUUUCCUAUUCAUUCGAUUUUAUUUAUUAUUAGUCUAAUUGUUUUGAUAUAUUCGACACAAGCUUAUGAGCAAAAAAUCAUAUAA